CCACAUUCUGUGCCACUCAGCAACCCUUAGAGCAGCACCUGGCUUGCCCACAAUAAGUAGAGCCGUCACAUGGCACUAUUCCGCCCGAGAAUCGAUGAAGCUGAAGUUCUCGGGGGCGAAUUUGCGGAAGCAUGGAAGGACUGUGCCAACAGCACGCCACACACACAGACGCACGCACACAACCCCGCACAACGCUCCAGCUGUCACACGUUUUCUUUCCUCUCUAAUCUGCCAGCCUACCUCGGGCGAAGGUGACAUCGACGAAAUCUUCCCCUCGGCCUGUUCCGCGGUGCGCAAGUUCGUCCACUGACUCAAGGCCAAUCUCUAUCUCAUCCAGGAGGUAGUCGAUGGUUGGAGCUGAGUCGCACCACUGCCGCUUGAUUCGCCGAAGAAUGAAAGACUUGAACUCGUCGAUGUCCACAGGAGGAUGGGGGAUGUCCCUCGGUGUCGUCAGCGUGAGAACCACAUCUCGGUGCGGGAAGAAGUUGAUCAGACAAACGACCUUGAAGUUGGCGGCAUUUGUAUUGGCGGACUGGACAGAUGAGCUGCCGGACUGGACAGAUGAGCUGCCAUUUCCCAUCCGCAGGGAUUGGCCCUUGCCCUUGCCCCUCGCUUUGGGGGCGAGACUGGGGGCACAAUUCAAGCUCGCCGUUUUCGGGGAGGGGGAGGAGGAAAGAGG